AUGAAUUUAUUAGAGGAUUUAGAAAAUAAUGGGACUCAACAAAUGGAUUUAUUAAAUUUCGAGUAUGCAUCAAAUUCAAUAUUGUCUAGUCAUCAAGCUAAUGUGAUUCCGAAUGUAGAUUUUUAUAAUGCAAUUGUGGUUAAUGAAUUUAUGAAUAAUCGGAUCGUGGAAGUCAAAGAUGGAGAAGUAGUGAAAGAGGGAUACAUAACUAAAUAUAAAUUAUAUUUAGUAAGAACCAAGAAGUUGGGAGGGGAAUGGGAAACCGAAGUAUCCAGGAGAUUUAGUGAUUUUGAGUGGUUGUAUUAGGAAUUGAUAAAUAAGUAUGGAGGAUACAUAAUUCCUGCCAUUCCUGAAAAGCAUUUGCUCACCAAGGUCAAUUUGGCUAGUUAUGAAGUAAUCUUAUGAGAUUUAAAAUUUAAAUAAUAGUUCUCAGAAAAGAGAAGGAAAGACCUUCAGCAGUUCCUGUAAAGAAUACUUCACCAUCAUCAUCUAAGAUAUGUGCCAGAAUUAAGAAUUUUCAUUGAAGAUAAGGAAAAAGUAUAUUUAGAAAUUACACAUUAGUUUAUUUCCCUAUUGAAAGGUGAAUUAGAAUAAAAUAAAACUAUUGAGUAAAAAUACGAUAAUCUAUUACAAUCAGUCAAGACCUUAUGGCAUGGUAGUACUUUGACAGCCAAAGGGUAAGAUCCUGCAAAAAUGUUUGAUGGAAGUGAAAAAGACUUAACUUAUGAUGAAACACUACUCCUAUCCUUGUCUAUGAAAGGUACCAAGUUGAAAACUGUUGUUGAAGAACAUGUUGUUAUAUUGAGAGAGGAGGCAAAAUCAUUGAAUGACUAAAAUGAAGCUCUCUAUUCUUGGAGUAUUAAUUAAAUAUUAAAAUAUAAGAUGGAUUAGGAUCUGCAAGUGAGGAAGAUAUUUCAUAAUUUAAAUAGUUGAAAUAUAACAAUGAAAUCAGGCAAAGAAAAAUUAAUCGAGAAAUUGAAGACAUUGAUAGGAAAUUUAUCCCUAAACUAUUAAAUUGCUUAUUUGAAAUUGAGUGGGCAUUGACUGCUUGUAAAAGAAGAAGAAAUUUACAAUCUUAAUUAUUGGUUGAUUAACAAAGAAUAGAAUAACUCAAAAUGCAAUAUACAGAUAAUUCUAGUAGAGUAUUUAUAAAUAUAAUUCAUAUAGAGAGACUUAGAAAUGGAUGUACUCAAAACUAAAUAUUAAAAGAACAAAGACAGAAGCGAUAAAAUGUCCAUAAUUAUGUAGGAUGAAUUGUUGAGUUUCAUCACAGAAAUAAAACAAUAAUUAAAAGCAAUUAUAGAAGAAUGGAGAUCUAUCAUGAAAACUUUGUCUAAAAACAUAAUUGAAGAUGAUAAUGAAUGAAUAAUUAAUUAAAUACUAUAUUAGCA